AACUGGGUUUGGUAGAGACGGUGAAAAGUAUGUAGAGCUGUGUUUAGACGCUGGCCAGUCGUUUUGGAACCUAGCUUAAUUUUCCGUCGAUAUUUACUUAUGUUACAUCAAUUUCUUGUUUUUAAUCAUCCAAGUGUUUGCGAUUCUCUUUAAUUAGAUAGUUUACAGAUCAGAUUAUGGAAACAUCGGGAAUCGACCUUAAUUUCAGCGAAACUACAGACCAGGGAAACUUCGUUGAUCGCUACAGCAGAAAUUUAAACAGUAGUAGGUUAAACGAGGAAGAAGGUAAUAAUACUAAUAGUGGUCAGGCGGGUUCGCAAGUUUUCCCUAAUGCGACUGAAAUCGGACAUGUAGUCGCAUCUCAAGUUUGGCAAAGUGGGACUGAAAAAGCGAAGAAAUAUGCCUCGAUUUAUGGUAAUAUAGACAUUUUGCGACCUUAUUUUGACGUAGAGCCUCGAACGGUGUUAAUUCGACUGGCACGUGCUUUUGUGCCCGUUGUGCAGAAAUCGAAACAUGUCGAAUUUCCGCGGGAACUUUACGGACCUUCAAUGCUUAAUUUUACUCUUGUAGCAUUAUUGCUCUAUAGUAUGAAGUCAGCCAGUCAUACGAUCCAAGACGGAACUCUGAUUGGAACUGCAAUGUGUGUUUGUUUUGGUUAUUGGUUCGCAGUUUCUGCAAUUGUUUUCUUCACAGCUUACAUUGCAAAUUCUACUCUUUCUUUUAUUCAAGUGUUGUCGUUCACUGGCUAUGCUCUGGUGGCGCCCUGUGUGAUAGUACUACUCUCCGCCAUAUUCCACCCAGUGCAUGACCACCUUUUCUUCUACCUCCUCUGGCUAUUCAUCGGGGGACUCACAGCUGCCAGACUAGCCACUGCAUUCGCAUCCAGGGCGGAGGAUUCGACACACAGAGUAACUCUUAUGGCAGUAUCAGCUUCUCUUCACAUGCUGUUCAUGCUGUAUCUUCACUUCGCCUACCAUUCCACAGCCGAACAGAUCAACUCAAUCGCAAUCCAAAUCCAAUGAAGGCUUCUAUCACAUCACUGGGAAAAGUAUUUACGAAGUAUGGGGGAGUGUAAACGAAACAGCACAAAAAUGCGGCCACUUCAGUUGAAGAAUCAGAAUAGUAUAGUAGAGAAGGAACUUUGUGUUACAUUUCUUCUGAACCCUCUGCAUUCAUUAAGCUCCAAAAAACUAAAGAAAUACCUUUAUUACUGACUGAGCUAAAGUUUGUAAAUUCAAUUCUAACAGCAAUGUCCCAGUUUCAAUUAGAUCUCAAAUAUUUUCCUAUCAAAUUGUAUUAAUUGGCGUUGCUUUGAUAAAUAUGUAUGAGGUUAAUGCUUAAAAAUUUAGAUUCUAUCUUUUGAA